GUUCGUUUCGCCAGUGGUAGUGGAGGAUCGCCGGGUGGAUUGAAACAAAUGAAAUUAAGUAUAUUCUGCUGGAUUAGUCAAUACAAACAAAAAAGGCAGCUUAUCUGAGAGCGCUAUGCAUCUAACUUCUCGUUUUACAAUGUCCUCCAUAUGGGGGAGAACAGGGGCAAAGAGAGCCCGCUUCGACGUGGAUAUUGUCCUACUUCGACUUCGAGAUGAAUACAUAAACCGCUGUAUUUGCAAACAGGACUUCCCUUUAGCCGUUGUCCUCCAGCAUCAAUUAUACGCACACUUCACUAACAGAACAUUAGUGGACCGUCGCGUAGAACAGCUUAUAGAGAGUGGACGUCUCCGAGCAGUUCAAAUGGGUGACGCGGAAGAUGAAACUGCACUCGUCGAUUUCGAGGAAUACCAAGAACAUUGUUUAUCAUCAGCCAAGGAUCAGUCACUCAUGAAGAGAUUUUUAAACUGCUUGAAAACUCAUUUUUAUAUAGUGUUCACUCGGGAACAGCUGGAAAAGCAUGACUUCUCAGAAAGACAGGUGUCGGAUCUUAUCCGCAUGGGAGUUCUGUCAUUGAGGACGAUUGUAGGCUCGUAUUGGCUAAGUAUUCCGGGUGUUGGUGACUACGUGCGGCAUCUUGAAACGGGUCGUAAGGCUCUCAUACAGAUUCUUAAAAGGACUAAAUUCAAGCAGAUUCUGCGAAGUGACCUUGAGCAAAAAAAGAUAGCCCGUUCUCGUUUCAGCAUGUCCUAUCUCAUCGAUGAUGCACUUGGCAAGGAUCUUCUAGAACCCAGUGAAACGACCUUAGGAUAUACAUUGAACCACCGUUUUAUGCCAAUGCUCAUAAGCAAGAUUCCCGUUUUAUACACAAAAAUUAUAAAAGUAAAGCUCGAUGGUUUAAAUUUCGUACUUGACUUUUCAUUCUUCUUUAGGUAA